AUGGACCAUGAGGAGCUGGGAGACAGAGGCGUUGGGAGCGGCCGCCAGCGGUAUGAGGAAGAAGAGGACCAUAAGUCCAUCUACAUUGGUGUGCCCGUACCACGGGGCUACAGACGCAAGCGGCGGCACCGACGCUCCAUGUCAAGCCGGGACACAGGAAACGGGGAUCGGGAGCGGAAUAGGGAGAGAGAUUGGGAGCACUAUGAGCACCACAGAACACAGGACACAGACGAGCAGGAGAGGUUCCUCUCAGACGAUGGAGCAUUGAAUCCACAGGACCAGAAUCUUCCCUCUGACAUCAGCCGCACCAUGUCCCCAGCAGCAGAGAGGUUACGCUACAUUCUUUGUGACGAUGACGACAUACCCAACCCUACUCUCUUCACUGAAAUGGACACACUGCAGCAUGAGGGAGAAGAGCUGGAGUGGAAGGAGUCUGCCAGGUGGGUCAAGUUUGAGGAGAAGGUGGAGGAAGGCGGGGAGAGGUGGAGCAAGCCCCACGUGUCCACUCUGUCCCUGCACAGCCUGUUCGAGCUGCGCACCUGUCUGCAGACCGGCACUGUGCUGCUGGACCUGGAGGGCUACUCCCUGUCCCAGAUCGUGGAUGAUAUCAUCGAGCAGCAGGUAGAGCAGGGCCUGAUUGUGCCUGAGCUGAGAGAGAAGAUCGCCUACGUUCUCCUAAGAAAACACCGGCAUCAGACCAAGAAGCCCAUCCACCGCUCCCUGGCUGACAUAGGGAAGUCCUCCUCUGCCAGUGAGUACCGCAGUCCGAGCUGUAGCCCCAGUGGAGGUUACCAUCGCUCCACAGAGGACCUGCGCAUGAAGCAGGCAGGCAGCUAUGGCCGUUUGCGUCACGCCCAAAGCCGCAGUAUGAAUGACAUUGCCGACACACCCAGCACAGACCAGUUAAAAAACAAGUUCAUGAAGAAGAUUCCUCGUGAUGCGGAGGCAUCCAAUGUGCUGGUGGGGGAGGUGGACUUCCUGGACAAGCCCUUUGUGGCCUUUGUGCGACUGGCCCAGGCCACCACACUGGGGGGGUUGACUGAGGUCCCUGUGCCAACCAGGUUUUUAUUUUUGCUGUUGGGCCCCCCUGGUAAAGCUAAGUCUUACAACGAGAUUGGCCGGGCCAUUGCCACGCUCAUGGUGGAUGAUCUCUUCAGUGAUGUAGCGUACAAGGCUCGGGACCGGGAGGACUUGAUUGCCGGAAUCGAUGAGUUUCUGGAUGAGGUGAUAGUGCUGCCACCAGGGGAGUGGGAUCCUAAAAUCCGAAUUGAGCCCCCCAAAAAAGUCCCCUCUGCAGAUAAGAGGAAGUCGGUCUUCUCUUUGAACGAGCUGGGGCAGAUGAAUGGGGCAGCAGGAGGAGGUGGGCCUGCAGCUGAGGAUGAAGAGAUGCCUGUGAUGCAUGAAAUGGGAGAGGAGCUGGCAUUCACUGGAAGAUUCUGUGGUGGACUGAUCCUGGACAUCAAGCGGAAGCUACCCUGGCUGGCGAGCGACUUCUAUGAGGGCCUUCACAUCCAGUCCAUAUCUGCAGUGCUCUUCAUCUACCUGGGCUGCAUCACCAAUGCUAUUACGUUUGGGGGGCUUCUGGGAGACGCCACUGAAAACUACCAGGGUGUUAUAGAGAGUUUCCUGGGCACAUCCAUUGCGGGGACAGUGUACUGCUUGCUGGGCGGCCAGCCACUCAUCAUCCUCAGCUCCACGGGACCCAUUCUCAUCUUUGAGAAGCUGCUCUUCGAUUUCAGCAAGAACAAUGGCAUUGAUUACAUGGAGCUGCGCCUCUGGAUUGGGCUGCACUCCUGUCUCCAGUGCUUGCUUCUGGUUGCCACGGAUGCCAGCUACAUCAUCAAGUACAUCACGCGGUUCACAGAGGAGGGCUUCUCCAGCCUCAUCUCCUUCAUCUUCAUCUCUGACGCCAUCAAGAAAAUGGUGGGCUCCUUCAAUUACUACCCCGUCAACACCGACUUCGUACCUGACUAUGUCACGGUUUACAAGUGUGAGUGCCUUGCUCCCGACCCAGCUCCGGUAGCUCCAGACAACAGCACUAAUCUUUCUGUAUUCAAUGUCACAGCCCUGGACUGGAGCCAGCUCAGUAAACAAGACUGCCUGAGGUAUGGUGGCUCCCUCGUGGGCCAGUCCUGCAACUUUGUCCCAGACCUGGCACUCAUGUCCUUGAUCCUCUUCUUCGGCACCUACUCCAUGACUGUCUCACUCAAGAAGUUCAAGUUCAGCCGAUAUUUCCCCACCAAGCUACGAAAACUCAUCAGCGACUUCUCCAUCUUCGUGUCUAUCUUGAUGUUUGUGGGUCUUGACAUGAUAAUUGGACUCAAAACCCCAAAACUCAUUGUGCCAACACAGUUUACGCCAACACGUUCUGACCGGGGCUGGGCGGUGGCACCAUUUGGGAAGAAUCCUUGGUGGAUAUACCUCGCCAGCUUCAUUCCUGCCCUCCUCGUCACCAUCCUCAUCUUUAUGGACCAGCAGAUCACCGCUGUCAUUGUCAAUCGCAAGGAGAACAAACUCAAGAAAGGGUGUGGCUACCACCUUGACCUGUUCUGGGUGGGGAUCCUGAUGGCCAUCUGCUCCUUCAUGGGGUUACCCUGGUAUGUGGCAGCUACUGUCAUCUCCAUUGCACACAUAGACUCUCUCAAGAUGGAAAGUGAGUCGAGCGCGCCCGGAGAGCAGCCACAGUUCCUGGGAGUGCGGGAGCAGAGAGUGACAGGGAUCAUAGUGUUUCUACUAACUGGACUCUCCAUCUUCCUUGCUCCCAUAUUGCAGUUUAUCCCCAUGCCGGUUCUGUAUGGGGUAUUCCUCUACAUGGGUGUGGCCUCCCUUAGUGGCAUUCAGUUUUGGGACAGGAUUAAGUUGUACAUGAUGCCGUCCAAGCACCAGCCGGAUUACUCCUACUUACGUCACGUGCCCUUGCGGCGGGUCCACCUCUUCACCCUUGUGCAGAUUGUCUGUCUGGCAGUGCUCUGGAUCCUUAAGUCAACUGUGGCUGCCAUCAUCUUCCCUAUCAUGAUUCUGGGACUGAUAGUAGUGCGGAAGAUGCUGGACAUGGUGUUUUCCCAACAUGACCUAGCCUGGCUGGACGACAUCCUGCCUGAGAAGGACAAAAAGAAAGACGACGAAAAGAAGAAAAAGGAGAAGAAAAAGCCCAGAGCUGAAGAGGACAGUGACAAUGAAGAGAGGUACCACCCCUACUCCAACUGCUCUCCCAGUGAGUCAGACCUGGACAGAAGUAUCACUCUGCACCUUAAGAUCUCCUGCCCUGCGUCUCCAGCCAUGGCCCUGACCCGAGGAAUGUCCUGCCCUGUGCCCCAGGUCAAGAUUGAGAUGGAGUCUGAUUACGAUGACACCGAUACUGACCACCGCCACCGGGACAUGAGCAGUGAGACCACUCUCUAG